AUGUCUGCCUGGCUGGUUGUUGAGCACAGACUAAAUUUCCUGCUUUGUUCCUUCCCUACAGCUCAUCAGGGUUGUGCCUUUCACGACGGUGCCUCAACGGAGAGCGAGGGUGUACGCUUCAUACGCCUGCGUGAAGAUGCCGAAAUUGGAAAGGAGAUUCUAACCAUCAAAGCCUAUCCACGUUCAAAAAUCUCGCUUCAAUCUCCCGACAAUACGGGAGAUCAUAAAUAUUUUGCCAUACAUGAAUAUAAUUUGACUUCAGUUGUGGUGACCCUAACGCGGUCCCUUGAAGAUCUGGUCGAUCGAGAUGUGCCAAGAAAUCUAUUGAAAUUCCGCAUAGUUUGUGCGGCCAAAAAUGAAAAACUCGAAGAGGGUAGUUAUUUAUCGGUGACUGUUUACAUUGAAGAUGUCAACGAUAAUAAACCGGAAUUCCUUAAUACCCCCUAUAUUGUGGAUAUAAAAGAGAAUACACCACCGGGUACAAUUGUGUUCGAAGGCAUUCAGGCUUUCGAUCGGGAUAAGCCAAAUACGCCAAAUUCUGAAGUCCACUUCAGUAUGUCUACAGUUCCAGAGCAGUUGUCGGCAGAUGGUAGUCCUUAUUUUUCUCUCAAAUCACCGCAUCGUCCUUUGUUGAUAUUGAAAAAGGAAUUGGAUUUCGAUAAUGGCAUACGUCUAUUUAAGCUGCCACUGUUUGCCUGGGAUCGUGGCACCCCAGCCAAUCAGGUGAAUACCACUAUAACCAUAAAUGUCAAGGAUGUGGAUGACUUGCCACCGAAAUUUACCGAAGGUGUUUAUCGUUCGAAAAUCGAUGAGUUCUAUCCGAUGACGGGAGUGCCCAUCAGAAUUCCGCUGUAUUUUAAUCCACCCAUUAUGGCCUUUGACCAGGAUUCUCUGAAUGCAUCUUUGGUGUAUGAUAUCAUUUCAGGAAAUGAGCGUAAAUUGUUUCGAGUGAAUCCCAAUAAUGGUAUUGUUUAUCUACAAAAGGAAAUUGAUUUGGAGGAAGAAAGUCUACCGGGCAAUACAUUUGUGCUGCAAAUCGAAGCCCGACAAAAGGAUAAUCCAUUGAGGAAGGCUUUAGCGAGAAUCGAAGUUGAAAUUCUUGAUCUCAACGAUAAUAUGCCAGAAUUCGAAGCUGAUUUCUACAAUAUAUCGAUUGUGGAAAAUCUACCCACCGGUUUCAGUGUCCUGCAAGUGAACGCUGUGGAUCGAGAUCAAGGUGAAAAUGCUGAAUUUCUUUACAAUCUCAAAGAGAAACCCGAUGCCAAGGGAGCAUUUUGCAUAGACUCUCGCACCGGUUGGAUUACUGUUCGUGAUGAUCGUCUGCUGGAUCGUGAAAAACGAAAGUCGAUACAUUUAGAAGUUGAGGCCUUGGAACGUAUGCCCUCCUACAUGGAUGACAUUAAUUCCAAGAAGCCACCACCAAAUUCGGUUAAAGUUGAAAUUACGUUACUCGAUCAAAAUGAUAAUACACCGAAAUUUGAGAAUGGUAAUCUGUAUGAAUUUAAGGUACCCAUAACUGCGCCAGUGGGUUAUAUGGUGGGUCAGGUGUUGGCUCGAGAUCCAGAUGAAGGGCCAAAUGGUAUGCUUCUCUACGAUAUGCAACGGCCAAAGAAAAGUGGUUAUAUACCAUUUCGUUUGGAUAGUAAAAAUGGUACGAUUUAUGUUUCGGGACCGCUGAGAAGGGGACGAAUUGCCGUGUUUGUGGAGGCCAGUGAUCAGCCCCUUAAUCCCUCGGAAAGACGUUUCUCCUUGGCUGUCAUAACAAUUGAAGUCUUUGCCACCUUGGAUGAUCAGUCGAUUGAUUUCAUUGGUGCACCCUACGAAUUCUGGAUUGGCUCUAAUGCUCCGCUGGGCACCUCUGUGGGUCAGGUGCGCACCACAUUACUCUAUGAUGGGGAUGAUGAAAUUAUGUAUGACUUGUUGCACACCUAUUCGGAGGGGGUGCCAUUUGCCAUUGAAGAAAGGUCGGGAAUAAUUACGGUUAUACGAGAAUUGCAGGAAUUUAAGCGGAAAGUAUAUCAUUUCGAGGCGGUGGCUAAUUAUCUGUUUGCCAAUGCUAGCCGGCCAUUGAUUAUGGCUCGCAGCAAGGAACCAUUAACUACUGUUCCUGCUCCCGAUUUAACAGAUGAAGGCGUCCUUAUCACAAAUGUUACCAUACAUGUCAUAAGCAAACCGGAUAAUCAAGUGCCUCUCAGGCCAGUAAUUGAAGAAAUCAACAUGAACAUUAUCAAGUUCCAUAUAGAGGAGAAUAUUGUUGGUGGGAUCAUUGGUCAAUUGCUGUACAAGAAUGGUAUUAAUAUCGUCAACAAUGAUCUGGAAUCAUAUAGAAGUUUACAAGCUUCGCCAGGAGCUGUAGCUGCUCCAUUGUCGCCAGAAACCAAUAUCACUUUGAAUUCCCGGUUUCGCAGUAAAAAUCCUCGCCGACAGACACGAAAGCGUUUGCCUAGACGUUUGGCACAGGACAGUAACAUCAAGCUACGCUACAUUAUUGCCAAUCAACAGGAGGUUAUCAAUAAAAUUUCUAUUACCGAAGAUGGUACCCUGUUGACGGUGACGGGACUGGAUCGUGAGCAAAAAGAUAAAUAUGAUCUCACGGUGAUUGUGGAAUAUACCACGGGCUUAGUUAGUGGAGCGGGUAUAUAUCAAGUGGAGGUUAAGGUUGAUGAUGUCAAUGAUAAUGCACCCGAAUUCAAUGAUCUGACCUAUAUGGGUCUGAUAAAAGAGAACAGUGCCAAGGGUGCGGAGGUGGCCCUAAAUCGACCCAUCAUUAUUAGCGAUAAAGAUUUUGGUAAAAAUGCCGAAUUUAAGGUGGUGCUGCAAGGAGACUACAGCGAUUUGUUCGAUGUCACCUGGGUGGAACAGGAAAAUGCCACGGUGCUCACGAAUCUACCCCGACGUCCGGAGCUUUUUAAUAUUUACAAUUUAUCCGAUCAAUGGAAUGAUGAUUUGAAAUUUUUGGAAAUGCAGGCCGAUUUGAAGCCAUUCAAUUUGCGUAUGAAUAAUCAGCCCUUCUUUAAGGUGACCUAUUCCGGAUCGAGACCAUUGGAUCGGGAGAAGGAUCAAAUAUAUAAUUUGAAAAUUUUGGCAAUUGAUACGGGCGGCUUGACUUCGUAUGCCAAUUUGAAUAUCCUUAUUGCGGAUGUGAAUGAUAAUGCCCCGAUUUUUGAAAGGAUAUCAGUGUUCAAGGACUCUAGGGUAGAGAUAAGAGAGUAUACAACUGAUAUGGAGAUAUAUUUUGUGGAGUCAUCGCUGAAUACAAUGCCCACAAUGAUGGCCUCGUUGACGAGUAAUAUUGUGGUGCCACCCUAUUUUCUGCCAGGAUCACCGCGCCUGAAUGGGGCCGAGGGGAGUUUUAAUGAAACCCAAAGUGUGCUGAGGCCCCGCUCAAGGGCAAGGAGUAGGGGAAGGCCUAGAAUAGCUCGGGCCAUGGGUGGUCUAAGUAAAUGCCCUCUCUUUGCCAUCUAUGAGGAUACUCCACUGAUGAAGAAAAUUCUACAAGUCACCGCCUCGGAUGAGGAUUAUGGCCGCAAUGCCCAGGUCCACUAUGACAUUGUGUCGGAGAGCAUAGAUAAGCUCUAUGGCACCGGGGUGGCUACCCAAUUGCCUAGUAAAAUCAAUCAACAUCGUUUCUUUGCCAUCGACAAGCUGACGGGAGAGGUGAUGAUAAACUACCCCCUGGUGGCCAAUGUGGAGAUACUGCUGAACAUUACGGCCAGCGAUAUUGAUAACCUCAAGGAUUCCACCUGUUUGCGCUUCACCAUCAUUGAUGUGAAUAAUCAUGCCCCGGUUUUCAAGAAAUCCUGGUACAGUUUCGACACGGCCGAGGGAGAGUACAAAGAUUCGGUGUUGGGUCAAGUUUUGGCCGUGGACUUGGAUUUUGGAGAGAAUUCCAAUGUCUCCUAUGCUUUGAGUGAUUCUGAGCUGCCGUUUAGAAUAAAACCCCUUUCAGGGGUGAUAAAAAUUUCCGGUUCCCUAGAUCGGGAGUUGAGGGACAAAUAUACCUUCCAUGUUAUAGCUUAUGAUAAUGCUGAGCCUCUCUAUCGCCUCUCUUCCUCCGUGGAAGUGGAGGUCAAUGUCCUCGAUGUAAAUGACAAUAAACCGGAAUUCAUAGGCUACGAUGAUUUGGUAAAGGCCGAUUUAUAUAUCCACGACAUACCCGACAGGACCAUGAAGGUGCCACUCUACAAAGCCUUCCUUGAUCGCAACACCAAACCAGGUGCCUUUGUCAAGCAGGUGAGUGCCCUGGACAAGGAUUAUUUGGGAAAUGGCAAUGGUUUGGUCCUGUUUUCCAUACUCCAUCAUGAGUCACAGCCUCUCUUCAACAUAGACUCCCGCGAGGGCAUUAUCACUACCAUUUCCGAUUUCAAGGGAUACAACAACUAUGGUCAUUUAAAUGUUACAGUUAUUGCCUCCGAUUUGGGUAGUCCUUCCCUUACUUCCACCGCCAUUGUUUUGAUAAAUCUCCAAGGCCAAGUUAUCAUCGAAACCACCACCACACCAAAACCCGAGGAUCCUUUUCUCACGGGCAACCUAUCCAUAUUCCAACAUCAAUACUAUGAAAUACAAAUCCAAGAGAACAAUGAAUCACCCACGGAGUUAAUGAAAUUAAAUUUCACCAAAGGCUUCAAUCCCGAAACCUAUAAAUGGUCCUUGUGGGUGGAAGAGGGUCAAGAUGCACAAGAGGACUCCUAUCCGCCAUUUGAGUUUGAUCCCAAACUAUCUACUCUCUAUGCCUUGAAAUCCUUCGAUCGUGAACAGGUGGAACGUUAUCAAAUACGCCUCAAAGGUGAGAAGCCUAAUCGUGAAGGACGUACCUAUACCCGUCUCGCCUACCCCGUGAUUGAUGAACGUCUCGAGGGUCUGGAACACAAUGAAUGUCGUGUACUCAUAAAAAUCCUCGAUGAAAAUGAUAAUUCGCCAACAUUUAAGACAUCCGGACAACCGAUAAUUGCAGUUGUACCUCGCACUGCCUCUUUCGGUUAUCCCAUUACCCGUGUGGAAGCCACGGAUCCUGAUUAUGGCCUGAAUGCUGAAAUCCGUUAUCGCCUGCUCAACGACCAUUCUCGGCUAUUUGCCAUCGAUGAGACGAGUGGAAAGAUACGUUUGAUCAGCACCAUUGAAUCAGCGGCCGACAGGGUAUAUGGUUUUGAUGUCAAGGCCAUGGAUCGUGCCGGAGCUGAUGAUGGCCGUAGCAAUAUAAUCAAUGUCUUUGUCUAUGUAAUCGAUGAGAAGAAGCAGGUUCGUGUUGUUGUUGCUGGCAAGCCGGUAGAUGUAGAGAAGAAAAUCGAUGCAUUGAUGUUGGCUCUUAGCGAUGCCAUUGGAUUGGAGGUGCGUGUUCGCCUGUUGGAACCACAUAUUGGAAGUGCGGAACCGGCAACGGAUGCCUACAUUUAUGCUGUGGACUAUCGGACAAAUUCAAUUGUCGAAAUGGAACAAUUGCAAGAGUCAUUGUCCACCAUCCAGUUGGAUACGCUGCAAUUGCAUCAACAACAACACUUGCAGCAGAAUGCCCAAAAUGGCUUUUGGGAUAUUAGCAAGACAAUGCCGCGUAUCAUUGAAUUGGCCGAAUUGGGAAAAAUGCCACAUAAAUCAACGCACAGUGCCAAUUUCUGGAGCAGUUUGGAAAUCGUGGCCAUAGUACUGGUGGCCUUUUGUGGCGUGGGAUCGGUGCUGACCGCCUUGUGUUUUAUGUGUAUGAGGCAGAAACGUGGUUUAUGGUCUCAGCAAGAAUUUCCAUCAUCUGAAACUGGUUUAACAUACACCAUAGCACGUGCUGGCCUGGAUACCUGUCGCCGACGUCGUCACCGGACCCAUCAACAAGCUGUGGCCGUUCAAGAACAACAGUUGCAUCAGCAGCAGUUGCAACGUCAAAGUCAACAAUCAUUAUGUUCUUCGGCUAAAACCCAAUCGACGGCAUUGGCAACACAAAAGCUGCAACCAUCACCCCAACCAGAAUGGACGCAACAACAAAAAACGUCAAACCUACAGCAAAGUCUAACGCAAACACCAACAAACAGUCCACAUCAGCAUCAACAUUUCCAUCAUUCGCAUUCACACUCACACAUACAUCAACAUCAGCACCAACAUCAAUCGUUGCCGUCGCUGCAGGCUGCCCAACAGCAACAGCCUACUCACCACUAUCUGCCACAGGUGCAACAUCACCACCAGCAUCUGAAUAAUGAACCCCGUCCCCCACGAGAAUACAUUGAUGUUCCUUUGCCCAAAUCCGUAGUGAAAUCCAUAGCCCUAAGAAAUGCCGAAGAGGAGGCCUCAUCGCCCUCGCCUUCAUCACCUUUUGUGUUCAAAUAUAAUGCCUGCCAACCGGUCAAUAAUAUGAAUAUAUCCCCACAUUCAUUUGAAACUUCAAUGUUUUCAUUGCAUUCGAGUGGCCAAGACUCGGGUGUGGAUUUUGUCAGUAGUCGAGAGCUGUACGAAACCUCGCCGGACUCAUUUGAUUCCCAGCAAUCGAAAAAACCUUCACAUAAGUCGUUGUGUCCGCGACAUGCCAAAGAGCAUUUGGAGCAAAAACACAAUAAGACGAGUGGUUCGAAAUUGGAUUUAAAUAAUACGGAUUCGAGUGAUAAUUAUGAAGAUUCUUUACAGAAUGAUGAUGCUCUAGUUGUGAGCAAUUGUCGUUCGCUAUGCGAACACCAUCUGCAGCAACAUCAACAACAGCAGCAGCACCAGCAACAACAUCAGCAACAUCAACAGCUCCAUCAAGAGCUCUAUCAGAAUUCGCAAUUCGAAAAACGUUCCUGUGUCCGUCAUUCGUUUUCGGGUGUCAAAGAUGAUUUGAUGCAAAACUCACCGGGAAUAUCGCUGAGGGCACGUGGCCAUAUUUUACGAAAUUCCAUGAAUGAUUUGGAACAACGUCUACACAAUUUGGAGCAAUCAUUUAAGCGACCCUUGGAUUACAAGACGAAGGAUAAUUCACUGCAAUUUUAGGACCUGUGGAAAAAAAGUGUUUGUAAUUUAUGUUAUUAUUUUUGUAGUUCUACCAUUUAGCCAUCGUGUACGGAGUGAGCAUUCUGUGUAUUUUGUUUUU